CUCCCUCCCGCCCGCCCCCGCGCUGGUCGCCGACCUCCCAAGGCCACGGCCUUCCCUCCACAACGCCAGGAUCCCAACCAACCUGCCUUUUCCUCUUUUCGCGACCCCCUUUUGUCCUAGUGGUAAUCUGCAUAUAGGUAUAGGCCAGUUAUCUUGUGUGUAUGUGCAAUAUGAGGCAAAUUAUCAAUGGACAAAAGAUCAAUAGAUCAAUUUAAUAUGUGGAAAUUGAUUUUUGGGGUAGGGGCUAAUAUAGGGCAAAUGAUCAAUAGACCAAUCUAAUAUUGGGGCAAAUGAUUAAUAUACAAAGUAAUAUGGCAAAUGAUCACAGCCACUGAAGAUUUGAGGUCAGGUCACCCCUUCUCCUUCCUCUCCUACUCCAUCUCCUUGUAAUUUUUUCGAUUUCUCUUCUUUCUGAGCGAGAUCAGUUAACGUUUCAUUGUUUCGACAGCUGAGAGAAAGAGACGAGAGGUUGCUGUGACAGAUAGGAUGGAACCUGCGGAGAUUGACCAAGGGGUUGAUGGCAGGCCCGAGUGUUCUUUGACACCAACUGACCCUGUGUCCAAGGUGCUCAAUGAUGAUGACCUCCUAAUCGAGAUCCUCCUCCGCCUCACUCCGAAGCCAUCCUCUCUCCACAACGCCUCCCUCAUCUACAAGCCAUGGCGCCGCAUCCUCUUCAACCCUCAAUUCCUCGGGCGCUUCCGCAAGCACCAUUGGAAGCUCUCGGCUUCUUCUACCAACAAUUUAACGAAGCCCCCAACUUCACUCCAAUUUCGGACCAGUUGGACCUCAUUGCAGCAGCGUUGCCGGAGAACCUGUUUGAUCCUUAUUCUCUAGGCGGUGUCUUCCUUGGCUGCCGUGAUGGCAUCGCCCUCGUCCUCGACUGCACGCGCCACGAGGCCAUCAUUUGGGAGCCCACCACCGGGGGCAAAAACCACGUGGCUUUUCCACCAGCGGUCAGUGAUGGCUUCGAAACCUCUGUUGUGAGCGCAGCGAUGAUGUGCUCUGCCCGUGACGUUCAUCAGCACUUGCACAACGAGAACUGCUUGAGCACAUUCAAACUGGUACUGGUGUGCCAGGAAGAUUUCGCUAAUCAAAAAAAGGUAUCUGUUUGCCUCUACGACUCCAAGUCUAAUACAUGGGGCGAUAUUAUAUCCGUAACGGAUACAUGCAAGAUUGCUAAUGUGGCAAGGCCCAGCGUCAUGGUUGGGAAUGCACUUUACUGGUUGCUCUCUGGAGCAAACAUCCUUGAGUUUGAUUUUGAAAGGCAGACCCUUGUUGUGAUUGAGAAGCCGACAACAUAUGCCCAUGUUACUGGUUCUAGCGUUGACAUGUCCUUUCAGUCUUGCGAGGAGAAGAUAAUUGCCCUGGCCUUGCGGUUCUUUCAAAGUUAAAACUGAGCAUUGAGUUAUGAGGGAGGAAGUCGAACAGUGAUGGUAUUGUCUCAUGGGUGCUGCAGAAAUGUGUUCAACAGAACGAGCUCUUUCCAAGGCCCGCACGCAGGAAAAAUGUCAUCCUGUUGGCGGGGUAUGACGAGAACACAAAUGCGAUAUUUCUGUCUUCGGAUUCUCAUGAUUUCAUCCUCCAGCUUGAGUCGGUGCAGUUCAGAUAUAUUGGAAGGAGAGAAUGCACACACUUCAGAAUGUAUUAUCCGUAUACAAAUUUCUACAUUGCAGCUGAGGGAAAGAGAGGAGAGGGUGCUGCGACAGAUAGGAUGGAACCUGUUGAGAUUCCCCAAGGGGUUGAUGCCAGGCCCGAGUGUUCUUUGACACCAACUGACCCUGUGUCCAAGGUGCUCAGUGAUGAUGACCUCCUAAUCGAGAUCCUCCUCCGCCUCACUCCGAAGCCAUCCUCCCUCCGCAAUGCCUCCCUCAUAUACAAGCGGCGGCGCCGUAUCCUCUUCGACCCCCAAUUCCUCAGGCGCUUCUGCAAGCACCAUUGGAAGCUCCUCGGCUUCUUCUACCAACAAUUUAAUGAAGCCCCCAUCUUCACUCCAAUUUCGGACCAGUUGGGCCUCAUCGCCGUAGCGUUGCCGGAGAACCUGUUUCAUCCUUAUUCUGGAGGAGGCGACUUCCUUGGCUGCCGUGAUGGCAUCGCCCUCAUCCUCCACCGUGCGCGCCAUGAGGCCAUCAUUUGGGAACCCACCACCGGGGGCAAGAACCACUUGGCUUUUCCACCAGCGGUGAGUGAUGGCUUCGAAACCUCUGUUGUGAGCACGGCGGUGAUGUGCUCUGCCCGCGACGUUCAUCAGCACUUGCACAGCGAGAACUGCUUGAGCACAUUCAAACUGGUACCGGUGUGCCAGGAAGAUUUCACUAACCAAACAAAGGUAUCUGUUUGCCUCUACGACUCCAAGUCUAAUACAUGGGGCGAUAUUGUAUCCAUAACGGAUACAUGCAAGAUUGCUAAUGUGGCAAGGCCCAGCGUCAUGGUUGGGAAUGCACUUUACUGGUUGCUCUCUGGAGCCAACAUCCUUGAGUUUGAUUUUGAAAGGCAGACCCUUGUUGUGAUUGAGAAGCCGGCAACAUAUGCCCAUGUUACUGGUUCUAGCGUCGACAUGUGCUUCCAGAUCUUACGAGGAGAGGAUAAUUGCCUUGGCCUUGCGGUUCUUUCAAAGUUAAAACUGAGCAUUCAAUUAUGGGGGAGGAAGUCAAACGGUGAUGGUAUUCUCUCAUGGGUGCUGCAGAAAUGUGUUCAACUGGAUGACCUCUUUUCAAGACCCGCGCGCAGGAAAAAUGUCAUCCUGUUGGCGGGGUAUGAUGAGGACACAAAUGCGAUAUUUUUGUCUUCGGAUUCUCAUGAUUUCAUCCUGCCGCUCGAGUCGGUGCAGUUCAGAUAUAUUGGAAGGAGAGAACGCACACACUUCAGAAUGUAUUAUCCAUAUACAAAUUUCUACAUUGCAGAGAGACCACCUCAGUCUUGGAUGAAAGAAGAGUGAGCUGCAUUUCUCUCGUGGCAACUGGGUCCGUCGACAUAAAAUCUGUCUUAGAGAAGCAAGUAUAGUGGUAUCCACAAGCUGUGUUUUCAGUCGGUUGUUUAUUGCGUACUGAAUUAGGAUGUUCUAUUUAACUGGAUCAGGUGCUCCUAUAUUUGCUAGGAAAUCCUAACUGUUUCCGAGAAUCUUUGUACCGUCAUGUUUGUACCUGCUACCAACCUGUAUUGCAUGCCAACACAGUUCAGUAUGUGCCUAUUUGUUAUGUUGUUUGUACCUGCAAACUGUGUUCUAAUUAGCAGUGUGUAGUCUAGCAAGUUUAAUUUUGAGGACC